AUGGAUGAAGUGUUAUUUUAUAUUUCCAAAGGAGAAGAAAAGGGCGCAGAAUCAUUUGCAUACGUAACUUCAAUUCAUUCAUCAAAACAAUAUCAAUCAUUUCGUCAUGCAUCAUCUCCAAAAUUUGGAACUUGUUUAACAGGUAUUGGACCAGGUGAAAGAAUUUUCACUUGUGAUAACAAGAAAGCUUUAAUAAAUGUAUAUUCUUACAAUAAGGAAAGUAUUGAUCAAAGAAUACCAGUUCCCGAAGCAUUAACUACAUUGCAUAUAAUUCAUCAUCCUGAUAUAAAAAAUAUCUCUAAACAUAAGAAAUCAAAUUAUAGAGUUCCUUGGUUGUUAUGUGGUGGAUCUAAAAGUGGGAAAUUAUAUAUAUGGGAAUUAUCUUCUGGAGAUUUAUUAUGUGUGAAAGAAGCUCAUUAUCAAGGUAUAACAGUUAUAAAUUCAAGUUCAUGUAAUACUUUUUUGGUAACUGGUGGAGAAGAUGCUAGAUGUAUAGUUUGGAAUUUAUUAGAAUUAAUUUCUAUAUAUGGAGUCAAAGAAGAUGAAGAGAAUUAUCAUAGAAAAUUAAAACCAUAUUGGUCCAUAACUGAAAAUACUUUACCUAUAACUGAUAUAAUACUAAAUACCGUUGGAAUCAUAAAUGAUUUAAAAUUAUAUACAAGUUCAAAAGAUGGAACUGUUAGAAUAUAUGAUAUAAUAACAAAAACUCAAUUAACAACAUUUGUAUUACCUGAUUCAGUUGAAUGUUUAACUAGAGAUCCAGCAAAUAGAGCAAUUUAUGCUGGAUUAAAUAAUGGUUUAAUUAAAAUGAUUCCUUUAUAUAAAUUUAACACACAUACAUCAAUUCUAGAAAGUAUAGGAGGAUUAAAUAAAAUUAUAACUAUUGAUCCACAAGAUCCAAAUUUAAGUCAAACUUUUGUACAACAUCAAAAUCAUUCAGUUACAACUAUCAAAAUGUCAAUGGAUGGAACAAGUAUAAUAUCUGGUGAUUUUAAAGGACAAGUAUUUGUAUCUGAUAUUGUUACAAAACAAACCAUUAAAAGUUUCCAACUGUUAGAUUUCCCCAUAUCUUAUUUAUAUAUUGCAACAAUACCGACAAAUAUAUUAGAUAAUACCACCAAUAUAAGAUCAGAUAAAAAACAUAGAAUGAUGCCACCUUUAAAAAGAAUAUUAGCAAGUAAUAACCCAAUUGAUCAUGUAUUAUUCAUGGAUAUCCCUGAAGAAAUUAUUUCAAAUGAUAAUGCUGAUGAUGAAGAAGAAGAUUUUAGUUCUUGGUUAGAACAAAAAAGAAUUGAAGAAUUGAAAUUUAAAAACCUUUCAGAUAUUAAUUCAACUGUUAAGAAAGUUAAUAAUAAUUCUAAUGCAACAACUAAUAGUGAUUUGGAAAUUAAAUUGAAAAAAGUAUCUGAAGCUUAUACUGAUUUAAGAUCAAAACAUGAAUCAUUAAUAAAAGAACAUGCAAAAUUAUUAGAUAAAAUAUAG